CGUUCAGUGCGUCGUCUCUCGUUCGGUGCCCCAUGGCUAUGUGCCACGUAGUUUACGCCGAGAAGAAGAUGAACUAGAAAGGUGAACCAUUCGCUGAGCAAAAGCAACACACCGGUGCUUCUGGUACUGCUUCUACAAGCGAGGAAAUAAAUAGCCUUGGAACCAUUCGCUGGCGCCAUCAAAAGUUAUCUUGCCCAGAUGCCCGACAACAUUUUCUCCAAACUAGGAGGUAGCCUGCGGAUACAGACGUGUGCAGUUCUCGCCUGCAUUUGGACGGGGUUCCUGUUGGGUAUCAUCUGCGCCGUGUUCACCCUAAGGCUCAAGUUACAGACCGAAUCAUCGCUCAAGGCCCUGGUGCAGCUCUUUCGCCAGCAAAAAGAGCUCGAGGCACAGGUCGCUUCUGGAGACCUGACCGAGUCCCGUGACUCUCACUGUGCGGACGCCCUCUGCAGAUGGCACACCGACCACCUUUGGGGACGUCUCAACUUCUCCGUCGACCCCUGCGAGGACUUCUACUCAUUCGUCUGCUCCGCCUCGUGGUUUGAGGACUCAUCAAUUGAAGAUCAACCGUUUAUGCAAUUUUCCUCCGCGCAACUCAUGGCGGACGUGGAAGACGCCCUCUCGAGGAACCUGGCGGCGUCGAGCGUUGGGUCGAGCGUAUGGAGCUUUAUUUACCAGUCUGCUGAACUUCUAAGGAUUUGCACAAGUUCUGCGAGGUCGUCUUGGGAGGACGUUAAACCAGUCUUCAGCGACUUCGGCAUUGCUGGGUGGCCUUACGUGAAUUCUUCCGAGGAGGUGAACCUCACCGCAGUUGUGGGAAAGAUGGAAAGAACUAUGGGGUUCAGCCCUCUCGCCGACGUCACCUUGUACAACUACUCCACACUAUCCGAUUAUCAGAUCCAAAUCGCCCCACCUACAACGCUGCUACGAAGGUUCGUCCUGCACCGGAACUGGACGGGUCUCCCGGUUUCCGUUUACGAAGACGAAUUACGUAAGGCAUUCGACAAGUUUCUCCCAGAUAAAGGCAACAGUGCUCGACUAGUGAGCGACAUUGUCGCGUUCGAGAGGCACUUGGAAGCUAUAAACACGGUGGAGGUCGUUCCAGUAAACGAGAUGUUCAUGCAUUUACAUCAACUAGGGAAUGUCUCCAAGUGGAACUGGAAGACAUUUCUAGACAUCGUGUUCGAAGAUAUCAGGAGGAUAUCGUGUUAUGCGUCCGAUGCUCGUUCUUCAAGAAGCUAACUGUACUCAUU